GUUUGGGCGCCGAAGAAAUGUCAUAUGUCAAAAUAUUGGAGAGUUGAGACAAGAAAUAAUAUUAUUGGAAUAAAAACCUGUAAAUGGCUGCUAUUGAGAAAGUAAAGGUUGUCGUCCUUGGUGAUUCAGGCGUCGGCAAAACAUCGUUAACUUACCUGAUCGCUCAUAACAAGCCAUUAGUUUCGCCGGGAUGGACGGUGGGUUGCUCAGUGGAGGUGAAGUUGCACAGGUACAAGGAAGGAACCCAGGCACAGAACACAUUCUUCGUCGAACUUUGGGACGUUGGAGGAUCCAACAACCAUCGGAAUACUAGAAACGUGUUCUAUCAACCCACACAUGGUAUAAUAUUAGUACACGACUUGACCAAUAGAAAGAGUCAAGUGAAUUUACAAAAAUGGUUGUCCGAAAUCCUGAAUCAAGACAAUGCAAACCCAAAUUACCAACACGUUGACGUGGAUCCUGAACAGUUCCUAGGCUCCACUCAGAUUCCGAUUCUCGUUAUUGGAACCAAAUAUGAUUUAGCAGAGGAGACGCAAAAAAAGAACCAAUACAGAAGACUCGCCAGCAGUAUAGCGGAACAAUGCGGUGCAGAUGAGAUAUUUGUCAACUGUUAUCAAGCCAGAUCACUUGCCCCAGGGAACAGUAAUACGGUGAAAUUGACAAGAUUCUUUGAUAAGGUGAUAGAGCGCCGCUACUAUUCCCGCGUGAGUCCGUUCUCGGACAAGCGUCGCCUCAUCCCGCCCUACGUGCUGGCCUCCACGCCCAUCGCCACCAACAAGCCCUCACAUUACCUGAGCCCGAGGUUUUACCACAUGGACUAGCUCGAUAAAGUUUAAAAGGUGCGUCCCCGAGCAAAACACGGCGCUAGACGUAUAAAGUACAGCUUUUGGUAACUAAACAGUGCGUGCAAAACCAGUGGUCUAGUAGAACACGAGGCGUAUGUCUACGCACUGUACAACAGUACCCUCAGUAUAAGAUUUUACUUCUCACCAACGUUGAUAGUAUUCGAUAGUCGAAACUAUAUAACGUCAUAACUCAUAACGUCAAAGUAAAAUGUACCUAAAGAAUCUUGAUUCAAAACCAAAAUUCUGUUCCAUUGAUUUUAAUUUCGCAACGUAUCCGCUUGGAGCGCUGGGUGUAAAUAUAUGUACAACCUUGAGCAUUAAAACAAGGUCUUUAAGGGCUAUUUUACCUUAACUCUAAAGUAUUUCGACUGUCAAAUAUACUAUCAACAUUGGUGAGCAGUAAAAUCUUGUACUGAGGGGACAGGGAAAUAGCGGAGCUUGUACAAUUAAUCUUUAGUCUAUGGCUUGCACAAUCCGCCUUGUUGCAAAUCUAAAGAGAUUGGACUAUUUAUGUUGCGCGCACUAGAUACUUUUU